CGCAUGCUGGGAAUAAACAAGGAGGCCUAACAUGCUCCAGGUAGUUUGAUUCCCCGAGGUCUACCCGAGAGUCCCCCUACCUGUCGGUCGAGGGCACCGGUAUGUACCCGAACUCACAGUCGGCCAGACAACCGGCUCAGACACUGUCACUGAACAGUCAGUACUUCCCACCAUCGUAUGACUUCACCGGUUAUCAUCAUGUCCCGGGAGUCGGCGACCCGUCGACAAGUGGCUGGAACUCCGUCUACGCUCCCCGGGAGGAGUAUCCGUUCAGCUUCCCGGGGUCAAGCCCCAACACCGGGCAGGUCAACUUCUCCUCCCCGGAGCUGAGCGUCACGCCUCACGCCGCUGGAGGAACGUACAACUUCAUCUCCGGACAGGACCCCUUCAGCUCCAGGAGGAGACCACAUGAACUCAUCAGACCGUCCUUUACAGGAACGAAGACACGCACUAAAGACAAGUACAGGGUGGUGUACACUGACCACCAACGCCUGGAGCUGGAGAAGGAGUUUCAAUGCAACCGAUAUAUCACCAUGAGGAGGAAGAGCGAGCUGUCAAUGUUGCUGAGCCUCUCUGAGAGACAGGUGAAGAUUUGGUUUCAGAACAGACGUGCCAAAGAGAGGAAGAUAAACCGCAAGAGGCUGCAGAAUUCCCAGCAGGCCUCCACAACAACCCCCACCCCACCAGCUCUGGGUGGACCCGCUGACACCCACAUCAACAACAGCCCCAGCAACAACAUUUUGUCGAACACUAUAUCAGAGGACUACUAGGUUGAUUUCAUAUGGAAGACUGAUACAGCGUGAAAUAUGUACAUACCUUAUUUUUGUUUUUAUAACUUUACCACACAAUGAAUGAAGAUGAUUCACAGCAACAUUAUGUUUUAAUCCUGCACCUCCAACUUUCACAAUGACGGGCACUCCACAUGUCUGUUGCAUUGAUUGUCUCUGGUGGGCAUUUGCCAAUCACAGGACUUCAGUGUGUUUAUAUGGAUAAUUUUCAGCACCAAUAUACUGAGGACUAAGAAUCACUGGAUAACUUGCAUUUGUCAAACUUGAGUGUCUUCUUUAAAACUAGUUAGUUAAAUCCACAAUGAAAAAGCAUUUCAGAAGUUUUUAUUUCUUGAAUGUUGAAAUUUGUCUGAAAUCUUGGUGGGUAAGAGGGACAAUGUGUUUGUCCGUCUAUAGUCAAAUAUCUCCUUCAUGAGUAGGAAAAUAGUUCCAACCCUAUUUGAUUAAACUGCAUGAGAAAUCCAAAUCUUAAAAUCACCCUUGAACAUAAAAAGGAAAAUGCAGAUUAUGUAAAGAAAUUAAAAAAGGGAAGUACAAUGAUGCAAAUACAUUUCUUUAUCAGCAUUUAAAUUUACAGGAAAUAGAGAGAGACAACAGAGAUUUUACAGUUCUUACUUCUAAGUAAAGAAGAGAAGAAAAAAAAAUGUUAAUGCAGGAUUUACCCUGAGAAUAGAUCAUUCAAAAGUAUAAACCAAUGGGUUCAGUUAGGGAGGAUGACAGCUGUGUUUGGUGGAAUGGAAAUGGUGAAUGAACAGAAAUUUUCUUUUUUAAAGAAAUAAAAGCAGCAUGAUUUUGAUAUGAACACAAAUGUCGUCAUUUGGCAUUGAACAGGUUAAAAAACUUAGUUGUUAUAAGUUAGCUUAUAAUUUUAACUUACUUUUCAAAACCCUUUUUAGCUACAACUUUGUGAUAGCAGCAAGGAACUGAGAGCAAUCGUGUUUAGAAAUGAUCUCGAAAUAUCAUCAUGCUCAGGCAGCAGUAUUUAGCCACAUCCUGAAAAACAGCUGCUACAUGACUCAUGGUCCACCGACAUUGUAUCGCUAUAUGCCGACAUGCAGACACACAAUAUGUAUGAAAUGUUAAAGUAUGUACUACAUUGCACAUGUUAGCACACGUCAACAUCGUGCCUGGUUGUAUGUUAAAGAAGAGGAAGAAAAAGUGGCAAAUGUGGAAAUGUAAAUUGUGUCCUGACAA